AUGGCGCCUCUGAGCUGGCAAAUCCUUGCAAAAUCGUCAUCUCACGUCGGAAUACUCUUGAGCAACUCAUCACCCAGGCCACCGUUCAACAUGCCUCUCCCCCACGAGUCCCUCACCAUCACCGGCGGCUGCAACUGCGGCGCCGUCCGAUACCGCAUCGCCAUCCCCUCCUUUGAGCACCGCCCAAUCCACUUCGUCCACGGCCCAGAAGAAGCCUCGGACCCGGCAACUCCUCGUCUUCCCCUGGUAUGCAUCUGCCACUGCAACGACUGCCGAGCAGCCACCGGCUCGAUCCUCCCAGCCUGGUGUCUCACCCCGCAGGAAAUGUUUUCCCUCUCGUUACUGCCCAAGGAGGACCAACAUGACGGCGAGGGCAACGACAGUCUAGAUGCGAUGCAGAGUCUUCGUCUGGCACCACAUGAUGCGAGCGGGGACUCGCAGAGACCGCCGUAUGUACCCGGUCAUGGAAUCUUGUCUGGUGGUGGUGAAUCUUCUGCUGCCGCCGGGACGUGGCUGCGGGUGUUUUGCUCGACGAAUAGCAAGGUCGAGGGCUGGGACGUGGAUAAGCGUAUAUACCGCUCGUUCUGCGGGCGUUGCGGCACGAAUAUUGCGUAUUUGGUGUAUCCCAUGCCGUUCAAGUUUAGGGACAUGGUUGAUGUUGUGCUUGGGACGGUGGAUCGGGGGAUUAUCCAGGACGAGUGGAUGCGGCCGGAGAGGCAGCUGUGGCAUGACUAUGGGGUUCCUUGGAUUAAGGACAUGGUUGAGGAUUUGGACGGGCCUAUUCAUCCGUCUUUUUCAACGGCAGAGUUUGUUCGCAAGUAG